AUGAAAACAUUUUUUGAAUUGAUCAUUUGUGCUUCAGUAGCAAUCAGGCAGAUUCAAUUUUCAGGAAAAUUAGUGUGGGAAGCAGACAUCACCUCCAAUGGCAUGUUCUUGGAUCUGACUUCUUCUUCCUCUCGUGGGCAGCGUACUAGCAUAAUCUUGGAAGAUGGCGCCAUUGAUGUAGGCAAGGAGCUUGGGGAGACGACGACGCUGCUGCUUGUGGUGGAGCUCCAGCGAGGAGGUCCGGGGAGGCAGCGGCUGGUGUCGGAGAUCACGGAUCCGUCGAAGGAGCUGCUGCGAGGGGGAGGCUGGUGGUGGAGAUCACGGAUCCGCCGAAGGAGCUCCGGCGAGGGGGAGGCGGGAGGCGAGGAUCACGACACCACGCGAUCCUGCGAAUCGAUCCCCCUCGACCAAGUUUCUUCCAGCCGCUGCCCCGCCGCCGGCCACCUCCCAGCGCCCCGGCUUCUUCCCUCGCCGCCGGCCACCUCCCAGCGCACCGGCUUCUUCCCUUGCCGCCGGCCACCUUCCCGCGCCCGGCUUCUUCCCUCGCCGCCGGCCACCUCCCGGCGCCCCGGCUUCUUCCCUCGCCGCCGGCCACCUUCCCGCGCCCCUCCUUCUUGCCCAGCUGCCGGCCGCCUUCCCGCGCCCCGGCUUCUUGCCCCGCCGCCGGCCGCCUCCCCGCCCCCCGGCUUCUUGCCCCGCCACCGGCCGCCUCCCAGCACCCCGUCUUCUUGCCCCGCCGCCGGCCACCUCCCUGCGCUCCGGCCAACGGCUAGAUCCGGCUGCCACGUCCCUGCGGCGCCCACAGCCACGGCGCCCGGACCCCAUCUCCACCUAACCCCGGCGACCCCAACUAUGCGCUCCCAGCCCCAGCGCCACCGACCCCUGCACUACGUCGUCCCAUCUCCUCGACACCGGCGGUUGUGCCACACUGCACCGCCGUGGCCAGCUCUCCUGCAACCGGCGGCGACUCUCCCUUCCUCCAGCGCGACCAUCCGCCCCAGGUCGAGCAAGUUCAGAAAUUGCAGCGCCCUGCAGUUCGUGUCCAACCCCAUGGCAUUAGGAUGGCCGAGUUUGUCGCGAGGAACAGUCCAUGGAUGUCGGCUUCAACUUUCCUCCGCGAAGGUCCUUUUGCUCGGUGAUGCAAGAUUCAGAGUUUAUAACACAUCAUUGGAUUCGCCAAGGCCGUGUCCUCCUGAGAUAAGAAGAGCGACAAGGAGAUGGAAGAAGGAGAUCCGUCCAAAGUGUGAGUUUUGCGACGUCGACAUGCAAGUUCUACAAUUUAUCCGUCCAGAUGGGAGAAGGAGAUCAGUCCAACAGACGCAUCUAAAAAGCAACAUAUGCAGAGCCAUUCGCCCGAGAUAUAAACAAGCUGGUGGCCGCCCAUCUCUGCAUGUAUUUUAUUUGGGAUAGCCAAAUCCUGGCGCGCCCAGCCGCUGCUCAUGAACCCCGCCUCCAUCAUCUCCACUUCACCAGAGCCGUCAGUCCACAGGAGUAGGGGUAGCGGAUCCCCUAUAGCGGCCAAAUCCCGGUGCGCCAAGCCGCUGCUCGUGAACCACGCCUCCAUCAGCUCCACUACACCGGAGCGGUCAGUCCGCAGGAGUAGGAGUAGCAGGGACACAUUCAUGGCUUCAUUCAAUAAGUGGAAUGUGGGCAGAUGUUGAUCAACAAGUCUGCAGUAUUAAGUUCUCAGGUUAGAAAACGAUCAGUUCCAUGUGUAUUUAACAGCAGGUCCAUGUAUAUUUAACAGCAAGUCCAUGUAUUACUACAUGAGAGGUACUGCUAGCGAGACUUCACUGCUCCAUUCCAACAAACGUGUAUACGCAAGCCUGGGUUGGCAAAUUACUCUGCUACUGCUGGUUUCAGUUCCCUCACUGGAUUUGCAGGCUCACGACCAUCCUCUAACACCCCGUCAGUGCCACCGAUUUGAAGGAGCUCCAUGACUAGUAACUCUGAGUUCUAGUGCUCCUAACGAUCGUUUGGAAUCUUAUCUUCAAUAUCUUGCUGAUAUGGAACAGUAGAAUGUCGCAAUAUAUACUUGUACAAUUUUUUUAGUACUAAUGACUAGUACUUGCCUUGACAGUACAAUGGCAUGCUUCGUUGCCGGUUGCGAGGAUGUGCAACAUAUGUUUAAGCAAACAUUUAUGUUGUAUUACAAAUAGAAAUCUUUCCUCUGUUCCAUAGAAGAUUGUGUGACUUCUUUAAACACAUUUUAGAAAAGAAGUGUACAGACUGUAGCUUAGCAUUUGAUAAUUGUUUGCAACAUAUACAACCCGUGGAUGAUUAUGUAAUUGUUUUCAUGCGUUAUCAUAUGUCCAACAGUUCA